AUGGCGGCGGAGAACAGGGGGCCGACUGCCCUUGGAAUCGUCAUUUCCGUCUCGACCCUCAGCACCCUCUUUACAGCAGCAAGACUCUUUGUGAGGGGCAAGAUUCUGGGAAAAGUCCACCUGGAUGAUUUCUUGAUCAUCGCAUCUGUGUUAUGCGGUUGGACCAACCUUGGAACUGCCAUCGCAGCCGUCGCCCACGGUAAUGGGCGACAUUUUGACGUGUUGACAGUCAAGUAA